UCUGAUCGCCCAUUCAGUCUGAACACCACCCUCUUGGUGGCCGCGUCGCGAGUUACAGUUUUUUUUUCCGUCAUCUGAAACCCGGAAUCGGGAUUACCGUGAUCGGGAUUAUCAUGAAGGGACCACUCAGUGUCCUGACAGCCGUGCUGCUGAUCGCGGUUGCCAGCUCCCAGGAAUCAUCCGAUUAUCUCCUCACUGGAUACUCCAAUCCCAUGACCAGUAGUCUGGCCCAUCAGUUCUUCAAUAUAAACGGAGAGGAGUCGUCCCUACCCUCCAAUGGCACUCAACUGAUCCAGAGGUAUCAGACCCGGGACGAUGAGAACGAUCUGUGCCAGAGGGACAUCAAUAGGAUACGAGAUGGCUUGAAUAACAUGGAAGAGUGGGCCAUGGAGUUUCCCGAUACUUGGGGCCGCCUGCCCAUCGGUCUCUUCUGGGGUCACACCAUCAGCAUGGGCCAGUACGAGGAGUGUGUGGCUGCCGAGAGUACCUAUGGCACUGAACUCCGAGGCCAGUACUGUCUCGCCUCCUUGAACAUCACCGAGUUCUAUGGCAGGAUCAAGAAGCGCGGCGAAGAGAAUCCAGCUGCCAGGAUCAGUUACAAGCAAACCGAUCCUCAGAUCUUUGAACUGGGAAUCUGCGUUCCAUCCACCUGCAAUGCCACCCAGACCAAUGAACUGCUCAAGACCGUCAUUUCGCACUUUUACGGCAAUGAUGUCGUCGAUCUAACCCAGACGAUGGUCACGGAGGCGCGUUGCAAGUACGAUGCACCCAUCGAGCUGCGGGGCAUUGAUAUUUUUGCCAUAGUCUUCUUCUCGCUGAUCAUCUUCUUCAUGAUAGCUGCCAGUGUCUACGACUAUAUACAGACCCGUAACAAAGCUCCCAAGAAACCCCUGUUUCUGGCCUUCUCCGUCCUCCACAACGCCCCCAAGAUCUUCACCGUCAAGAAGGUGAACAAUCCCAAUGUGAUCCACUGCCUGAACGGAUUGCGAUGCUUCAGUAUGAUGUGGGUGGUCUUCGGUCAUGGCUACAUGACCUUCUACGACCUGCCGCACAUCAACAAGAACAAGUUCUACACCUGGGUGGAGACACCCUACUCCAUGCUCGUCCAGAACGGAUCCCUCUGCGUGGACACGUUCUUCUUCAUGUCCGGAUUGCUGAUGUGCUGGGGCGCCUUCCGGGAACUGGAGAGGACCAAGGGCAAGCUGAACAUCCCAAUGAUGUACUUCCAUCGGUAUAUCCGUCUCACCCCAGUGGUGGCCGUGGUGGUCCUCUAUAUUAUGUCCCUCUACAAGUACUCUGGCGCUGGUCCCAUGUGGUUCAAGCUGGGCACCCAGGACAAGCGGUGCGAGGACACCUGGUGGGCCACUCUCCUCUACGUCCAGAACUACGCCUUCCCCUACAGCAUUUGCAUCUCGCAAUCCUGGUACCUGGCUGUGGACACCCAACUGUACUUCCUGUCGCCUCUGUUCCUCAUCCCCCUGUGGAAGUGGGGCAAGAAGGCCCUCUAUCCGAUUGUCAUCUUCCUGAUCUUGUGCCUCGGCUGCACCUUCGCCACCUUCAUGUACAAUGACUUCACCCUGUUCCGUGUCCAGGACGAUCAUGUCGAUCUCCGCCAAAGGCUGACCUACUAUCCCACCCACACCCGCAUCCCCACCUGGCUGAUCGGUGUGAUCUUCGGGUACUUCCUGUUCACCAGGAACCGUGGACGCCAGAUCCCGAUGAGCAAGCCCCUGGUGCUGACCGGAUGGUUCGUGGCCUUCGGAACGAUGCUGGCCUGCAUGUGGGGACCCUACUGGCGCAUCCUGCCCGACACCCCCGACUCGCCCCUGAUCGAGGGCGCCUUCUUCGAACCCCUCAGCCGGACCUCCUGGGCCCUGGCCAUCGGCUGGAUCGUCUGGGCCUGCUACAAUGGCCAUGGUGGCCUCGUCAACGACUUCCUCUCCUGGAGCUUCUUCACCGGAUUCAGCCGGCUCACCUACUGCAUGUACGUCAUCCAUCGCAUCGUCCAGCUCGUCAACGCCGCCCGCCUCCAGACCGACACCCACUUCUCCAACUAUGAUGCGAUCCUGCGCUGGUGGCACGACUUCGGCAUCACCCUCACCGCCUCCAUCUUCGCCACGCUGGCCUUCGAGGCCCCCAUCCUGGGCAUCGAGAAGGCCAUCUUCGGCGGCGACAAGAAGCCGGCCGCCAAGAAGCCCUCCCCCGGUGAACUGGCCAGGACCGCUCCGGUUACCGCUCCCGCCCCCACUGCCGCUGCCGCUGCUGUGGAGGAGUCGGAGAAGAAGCCCGUAGAUGAGAUCACGGCGGACAUCACUCCGGCACCCACACCCGCCAGUGUCGAGAAUCCAUCCAGUGUCUAGGCGAUACAAUUUUUCCAAGCGAACCAAUUUUUUUUGAGUGUAGUUAGUGCUAUUUAUUAAAAUUUAAAAAACGAUAAAAUUUUAAAAACAAAAAACUGUGUAUGAAAUACUAACAUUUUUUCAGAUAAUUUUUAUAUUUAAUCUACAAAUUAA